GAGAAAUCAUUCGCAAACUUGUGAACUGCCAGCAACUGCAAUAUGAAGUCUUUUCUUGGAGCUCUAGCCAUCCUGGCUGUCCUGGCGCCACUCACUGCAGCCGCCAGAUUGGGGGAACCCAAACCCAAGGUGAACGCCUUUAUUAAAACCCUAAGAGAUCUGCACAGAGGUCGCCCAGAAGAACAUAUAAUGACCAGGGCUAAGGCUCAUGAACGCUGGAUCACCCAGAAGUUAGACAACUUCGACGACGACAACAAUGCGACUUGGAGUGAUCGCAUCUAUAUCAACGAGAAACAUUUUGUCGAUGGUUCCCCUAUCUUCAUUUACCUGGGCGGUGAAUGGGAAAUCCAAUCCUGGGACAUUUCCAACACCCUCUUGGCGGACAUUACCAAGAAACACAAUGGUACCAUCAUCACUACCGAGCACCGAUUCUUUGGCAAGAGCAUUCCCAUAACUCCACUUUCCACUGAAAACCUCGAAAAGUAUCAAAACGUAAAUCAAGCCCUGGCCGAUGUCAUCAACGUAAUCCAGACUCUGAAGGAGGAGGGUAAGUAUAAGGACUCCAAGGUUGUGAUCUCUGGCUGCUCCUACUCAGGAGCCAUGGCUGCCUGGAUCCGUAAACUGUAUCCUGACAUUAUUGUGGGAAGCUGGGCUUCCUCCGCUCCGAUUGUGGCCAAGGUGGACUUUAAGGAUUAUUUCAAAGUUGUUGGCGAGUCAUACCAGACUCUUGGGGGACAGUACUGCUACGAUUUGAUCGAUAAUGCCACAUCCUACUACGAGGAUCUUUUCGCUAACGGAAAGGGAGACCAGGCCAAGAAGGAGCUUAACUUAUGCGACGACUUUGAUCCUAAGAACAAAAGGGAUCGUUGGCAAAUAUUCAGCACUAUUGCCAACAUUUUUGCAGGAAUUGCCCAAUACCAAAUUCCAGCGAAUUAUGACAUUCCCAAGCAAUGCUCGGUGCUGAGGUCCUUCAGCGAUGAUGACGCUGAGGCCCUGUCGAAGUUUAUUAACUGGAAAGUUCAUGAACACACUGGGGAGUGCAUCAGUGCCACUUUCGACGGAACUACUGGAUAUUAUGAAUGGGCCAAGGAUAACUACGAAGAUAGCGAUCUGCCCUGGUUCUUCCAGACCUGCAGCGAGUUCGGCUGGUUCCAGUCUUCCGGUAGCAGUCACCAACCGUUUGGAUCCUCCUUUCCGUCCAAGCUUUACGAGGAUACCUGCGAGGCAGUCUUUGGCUCCAAAUACAACACUACUGGAAUUCGUGCCAAUGCCAAGGCAACCAACGCGGAGUUCGGAGGACUGGACAUCGACUACACCAACGUCUACUUCGUCCAGGGUGGUCUUGAUGGCUGGAAAAAAGUGGGAGCCGGAGUAGAAGAAGGAGCAACCAUCAUCCCAUCGGCGGCCCACUGCUCCGACCUUGGUUCGAUCUCCGCCAGCGACAGCCCCGAACUGGUAGCUUCCAAGCAGAAGGUGAUCGCUCUUGUGGAUAAGUGGCUGGCGGAAGCCUAACUUGAUAUAUUUAUAAAUAUAUCUGACCGUGUUUUGAAAACGGUCCUCUCUUACCUUCUAAUUACCUUUAAACGGUCUCAAGACCCUCAAACUUCUAAUAGCCAAAAGUUGGUCUCAAUAAAACCACUAAUAUAACUCAAA